AUGACAACAAUUCUUUCUCCAGUGCUUCUACUACUUUUCUGCUGUGCCCUCCUUCCAUUCGCCGCCACUUCUCGCAUCAUUGAAAUUCCAUUGUCCAAACGUGAAUUCUCUUCGGUCCACUCUGCCCGAGCCUACACGGAACGAUUACGAAUUUCACAGCAACCUUCCAUCAGCAGCAGCAACACUCGAAACUUUUUCAAACCAGCCAUUCAAACACUUUUCGAAAAAGGUUCCAUUGCUCCCAUUGUUCCACUCAAAGACUAUGAGGAUGUUCAAUAUUAUGGUGAAAUUACCAUUGGAAAUCCACCUCAGUCAUUCAAAAUGGUGUUUGAUACAGGAAGUUCUAAUUUAUGGGCUCCUUCUGUGGAAUGUAAAGAUCUUUCGUGUGUGAGACAUGCUCGAUAUAAUCACACUCAAUCUCGAACCUAUGUGAAAAAUGGUCGUUCGUUUAAUAUCACGUAUGGAACUGGAGCUGUCAAGGGAUAUUUGAGUCAGGAUGAUGUCAUGGUCGGUGGAUUGUAUGUGAAAAAUCAAGUAUUUGGAGAAGUCACUCGUGAAUUGGGAAAUACCUUUUUGAAUGCAAAAAUUGAUGGAAUUUUAGGAAUGGCCUUUCCUCAAAUUGCUGUCGAUGGUGUGACUCCAGUUUUCAAUAACAUGAUGCAACAAGGUCUUUUGGAAAAGAAUUUAUUUUCCUUUUACAUGACCAAGAAUCCUCAAAGUGUCUCCAGUGCCUUAAUUUUGGGAGGUGUCAAUGAAAAAUACUAUUCCGGACCCAUCACGUACAUUCCUGUUCAACAACAAUCGUAUUGGCUCAUGUACAUGGAUGAUGUUGCAUUGAAUGGACAAAAUAUGCAAUUAUGUUAUCCUGCAUGUGCUGCCAUUGCUGAUACAGGAACUUCCUUAAUUGCUGCCACUCCAGAUAUAAUGAAUCCCAUCUUGAAUUCCAUUCAAGUCAAUGAGGAUUGUUCCAAUAUUGAUUCCAAUCCAAGUGUGACUUUUAUUUUAUCUGGAAAAAGUUUCACAUUGACUCCUCGAGAUUAUGUGUUGAAAAUUUCAAGUCAGGGACAAACUCAAUGUGUGGCUGGAUUCCAAACUUUGAAUAUGAAUACGAGUGGAUUUAUCAUUUUGGGAGAUACUUUUAUUAGCACGUAUUAUACUGUGUUUGAUUAUGAAAAUAAGAGAGUGGGAUUUGCGAAAUCGAAUCAAAAUUUGUAA